CCCCACCCGUCCCCCCUUGUUCCCUCUAAAAUGCCCAAGGCCACCUCCAGCUCCACAAAAGGCUCUAUCGCCAAGCACAACUAUGUGAUCGACUAUUCGAAGCCUGCAGCGGAUGGCGUCUUUGACGGCGCAGACUUUGAGAACUAUCUGCACGACCGCAUCAAGGUCGAGGGGAAGGCUGGCGCUCUUGGUACGAACGUGAAGAUCGUCAGGGAUGGUCAGAACAAGAUCACCGUGUCCUCGAAUGUGGUAUUCUCCAAACGCUACCUCAAGUACCUCACCAAGAAGUUCUUGAAGAAGGCAGGCUUGAGGGAUUGGGUUCGCAUUGUCGCGACCACAAAAGAUAACUAUGAACUCCGGUUCUAUAACAUCACCAAUGACCUCUCAGAUGAGGAGGACGAGGAUGAGAUCAAGGCCGACGAGUAGAUCUCGAGUACCUGCGCACAUAUCCAUCGUUCGUUUCUUGUUGUACCAUUUAUGUCUAAUUUAUACAUCUGCAUGGGUCUAAAUAGCCUCAGCCCCA